ACCCAAUCCCUCUCACAACCUUCAGUAUCUCCAUCUAAUCACGCGGGGCACCUUCAACAAAUUCCGCUGUUCAGCCGCUGGAGCUUAGUAAUUUUCGAGGAGAAGUGCGGUGCUCGCUCACAGAAACCAUGUCCCUACUGACGCUGAGUAGACUCGCCCCGAGGCUCCUCAAGUCUAAGAAUGCCGCUUGUGUGCUUGUAGCUGCUAGAAAUUCCAGUUCGACCACAAACCUGAAGGAUGUGUUAUCAGAGCUUAUCCCCAAAGAACAGAGUAGGAUCAAGAAUUUCCGACAACAAUAUGGCAAAUCCGCCAUUGGCCAGAUCACUGUGGAUAUGGUCUAUGGCGGGAUGAGAGGCAUGAAAGGUCUGGUGUAUGAGACCUCUGUCCUGGAUCCUGAUGAGGGAAUCCGUUUUCGUGGCUACAGCAUCCCAGAGUGCCAGCAGCUACUGCCCAAGGCUCCUGGGGGGCGUGAACCAUUGCCUGAGGGGCUCUUUUGGCUCCUGAUAACUGGGCAAGUGCCAACAGAGGAGCAGGUGAACUGGCUGUCAAAGGAGUGGGCCAAACGGGCAGCCCUUCCUUCUCAUGUGGUCACUAUGCUGGACAACUUCCCCACCAACCUGCACCCCAUGCCCCAGUUCAGCGCCGCUAUCACAGCCCUCAACAGUGAGAGCAGUUUUGUGCGGGCCUAUUCCGAGGGCGUCAACAAAGCCAAGUAUUGGGAGUACAUCUAUGAGGACUCCAUGGAUUUGAUUGCCAAACUGCCAUGUGUUGCUGCGAAGAUCUACCGCAACCUGUACCGCGAAGGCAGCAGCAUCGGUGCCAUUGACUCCAAACUGGACUGGUCCCACAACUUUACCAACAUGCUGGGUUACAGCGAUUCGCAGUUUACUGAGCUCAUGCGCCUUUACCUCACCAUCCACAGUGACCAUGAAGGUGGUAAUGUCAGUGCCCACACUAGUCACCUUGUGGGCAGUGCACUAUCUGACCCCUACCUCUCCUUCAGUGCUGCCAUGAAUGGUUUGGCUGGACCUCUACAUGGCCUGGCUAAUCAGGAAGUGCUGGUUUGGCUGACAGCCUUGAAGAAGGAGCUGGGCGGAGAAGUGUCUGAUGAGAAACUCAGAGACUACAUCUGGAACACACUCAAAUCUGGAAGGGUGGUCCCUGGCUAUGGGCAUGCAGUGCUAAGGAAGACUGACCCGCGGUACACAUGCCAACAGGAGUUUGCCCUAAAGCACCUGCCCAAUGACCCACUGUUUAAGCUAGUGGCCCAACUGUACAAGAUUGUGCCUAAUGUGCUACUGGAGCAGGGCAAGGCCAAGAACCCCUGGCCCAAUGUGGAUGCCCACAGUGGGGUGCUGCUGCAGUACUACGGCAUGACUGAGAUGAACUACUACACCGUGCUGUUUGGCGUGUCACGGGCCCUCGGUGUCCUGGCCCAGCUGGUCUGGAGCCGAGCACUGGGCUUCCCCCUGGAACGGCCCAAGUCCAUGAGUACCGAUGGUCUCAUGGCUCUGGUGGGGGCCAAGUCGGGGUAGACCUGGCAAGAGACGACAAAGAAAUGGAGGUGUAAAAGAAGAGAAUAUUGGGGAGAGGAGACAUCUUCAACUCUCCCAGAUGGAACAUUUGGGAUAUUCAAAUAUUACACCGUUUAGACAGUAUACUUUUAAACUAUAAGGACUCAGUUCAUCCCACUUUUUGGCAAAGUAAUGAAGUCAGCAUUUAUAUAAACUCCAAAUUUGAGUUAUUAACGCUGUUGCCCUUAUGUCUGUUACCAUUUCAAAGCUAUUUUUAUCUCCAUGGAGCAUAGUUAUUUUUCCAUUUAGUCCACACUGGUUCGUUUCUUCUAAAAUACACCAUCAGGGUCCUUUCACCAGUGACUGGACUCCUGCAUGUUCUGUGGCACCACUGAUCUUUGACAGCUUUUUGUAUACGUGAACUGCACUAUGACAAGCAUGUACCGCACAAUGCCACUCAAAUCAGUUGACUGACAGCUCACAGGACUCCACCUUUUUCUUUUUUUGCAGCUGUGUACUUCUUUCAUAUGUUGUAAGUAUUCUCUGUGUUGGAUUGUCUCCUAGCACUUUUAAAAUUUUGGUUUGCAGUUACUUUAGUCAUCAUGAAGGAUACCCAGUUUUAUAUUUGUAGUGUUGUAAAUUGGGUACCCUUUUAAGGGAGUAAACAAACACCUGGAACAGUGCUAUGAUGGCUGCAGAAGUUCUUGUCAUAGUGUUCUAGAGGUUUUUUCCCCAAAAUCAACAGGACAAUGAUUUUUUUUUUUUUUUUUAAAUCUUUUAUCAUAUGAAUACUGGAGUGAGUUGGCAUUGUGGCUGAACUUCCCAUUAAUACUAGAGAUUUUCUAAAAAGGGCGCUUUGGGGAAAACAUGGAAUGCCAGACGUGGCACUUAUCAAGUUUAACAGGUAUUGGUCGAUAAAAGAUAGAGCUUGUAUGAAUGAACAAUUUAUGCAACACUUCACUUUAGUUUAUCAUUUACUUUUCACCAAAUCAUGUGAAAAAUCAUGUAAUCUCUGAUCAGAAUAACCUGUAGACUUGCAGACUUUUUAAUUAAAAGGGAUGAUCGAUCUGGAAAGGGGGGAAUUGCUUUAUAAUAUGCUCUGGACACAAUUUAAUACAAAGCUUUAAUGGCUGGAAAAACAGGUUUUUUAUGUUUUGAGUACAAAUAAUUUCUGGUUCAGAUAUUUUGAGGCAACCUAAAAAUAUUGUUAAACAAAAGUAUCAUGGAUUUUUAUCUACCAAUGUUUUACUGUGAAAAGGUUUAUGACAUUGUACAUAUUAAUGUGCAUUCCUCAUUAGCAGUAGUAAUGUUGGGCUUGUUAUUGUAUUACUUGUUAUUUAUUUCAGCGUGAUGUCUCUUGUUCUGUUUUGUUUAUAUAGAGACAUGAGCGGAUUUAUUUUUUUUUAUGUAGUUGGAAUGUCCGGCUAAUGAACCAUUAAAUGAUAGAGGAGUUAAAAGGACAGCAACCUUCAAAAAAAUAGGACUUGACUAUUUCCUAUGCAGCAAAGAAUGAUUUGUAACUUUUAGCGUAUGUUAAAGUAAGCCUGCUGGGAGAAGACAUUGCAUUCAGCUUUAUUCUUAAUAGAUUCACCCGGUAGAGGUGGUGCACCCUCCUGAUUUUGCUGAUCAUGGGUCUGGGAGGAGGUGGCUAACUCACUUUACACACUCCAGUCUGCCAAGUGUUGGCAUUUUUGGCUUCUCCCUUGUGUUGAACCAGCCUGACUUUGAUUGUCAUAAGUCCCCCCUUUAGAUAUUGUUUGAUUUCAUCAUAUGCAACGGUGCUUUGAAUGCUACUUUCCUGUGGGAAUAUAUGUACAUUUUACAGAUUGUUUGUGUCAAUGUUUCACCCUGUUUAUAUUGCAAAUCUUCAGGUUGUUCUGUACUAAUGUGAUGUGGAGAAA